AUGGAUGCCACGACGUCAGUGCUCCUCAGUUCGCACUCCAGCUCACUUGGUUUUAGUUUACGAAGCAAUUCAGCUGCAGGAAACAGAAAUGUCUCAUUGGGGCAUUUCAACAAACACCUGGCGUCUCGGAAGUCUAGCACAAGCUCUGGCUUUCGUCGCGACUCGAAGCCGCUCGGUUCCCCGCUGCGUUCUUCAUUUUCAGUAAAGCAGUGGGUGCCUUUGCUGAAAAUAACGAGGACCCAUUUGGUUUCUCCUGCCAAAUGUUCGUACUCCGGCUAUACAAGUCCCGACUCUUCGCUGGCCCAACCACUGCUCGGACCCUACAAGGACUUGUCCUUCGAGAAAUUGAAGAGAGCAGUCUUUGAAGUAAGCCCUGUUCGAGCUGUUAAGUGGUUUGUUAUCUUGGCCGCUCUGAUUUCUGCCGCUAAAUGGACUUCGAAUGUGCUGUUCAGUCCCUUCUUUUGGUCCUUCUUUAGCAUGACUUGGAUGUUCUGGCCAUGGAUGGUGGCUGUUUCGUUAGCGGGUUACGGAUUAUACUGCUUCUAUAGGCAUGCCAAGGGCGAAGCCAGCAUUCUCCAGCAGCUGGCCAUUGUUACUAGCGUCUUCGCCUGGCUCACUCUUGUGCCUCCUGCCCAUUUUAAUGGUUUCCUUGAGGGGUGGCCCAUCGUAUUCUUCCUUGUGUACCACUACUUCUUUUUCUUCAACGUGAGUGUUAGGAAACGUCUGUAUGGAGAUUAUUACGGUCGCCCACAUGACCCAAAGUGGGAUGUGAACCCUCCUAAUUGGUCUCGGGCUUUGUUCUGCGUUGGAGUCAUGAUUGGUCAUUGGCUUGCAGCUUUCGAAGGGCCAGAGCUGCAUCUUGUUCCCGGUGGGUGGAGCAAUGUAUGGAUUUGGAUACUCAUAGUUGUGACUUCACUGAUGCAGUACAACUCAACCUUUUACCUUGCCAAGUACUCCGAGAAGGUGGUGGUUCCAACUUCUGUUGUGCAAUUCGGGCCAUAUAGAUGGGUCAGGCAUCCUAUGUACUCGUCUACGAUGCUUCUAUUUGCAGCUUAUUUUGUUGCCCUGCGUGCUCCUUUGAGCUUGGUGUUCAUUGUAGCAGUAUCUUUGACGUAUUAUGAGAAGAAGGCUAAAAUGGAGGAGGGUCUUAUGAUUGAGAAUUUUGGGGAGAGUUAUCUGCAGUACAUGAAUAAAGUUCGGUACAAGUUCAUUCCUCUUGUUUUCUAG